GCGGUCCCCGUGGCCAUGACACCAGGCCCCGCCCGGGCCUCCUCCGUCGCCAUGGCAACACCAGGCCGGGCAGGCGACGCCAUCUUAAGACCGGGCACAGCGGCCUCGUCUCCUCCCCCUUUCCAGCCCCCUCGCUUCCGGUCACCUGCCAAUCAUUCGGGCGGCGCGCCAGCGACUUCCGGCGAGGUGGCCAAUCGUGGCGGCGGCUGCGGGGAGCCACGUGACGCGGAAGCGGAAGUAGGAGACGUGGAGAUGGAGCCGGACGGGGCGACACGGCACCCCCCCAAACGCCGGUUACCGGCCACGGCGCCUCGUAUGGCGGAUCCACACCCUCUCUUCGGUGAUACCAGCGCGGCGGGGGGCGGCGGGGCCCAACCGGGCCGGGGUUACGGGGCUCCCCCGGCCGCCGCCGCCGCCUCCCGGGACCCACCGGCCGCGGCCUUCCUGGGCGAGCCGGUGUCCAGCCUGGCCAUGGCCUACGGGAGCAGCUUGGCCAGCCAGGGCCGCGACAUCAUGGACCGUAACGUGAGUGGGGGGGGGACGCGACACGGGGGGGCUCCGUGGCCGGUUACCGGGACCCCUCACGGCCCUUUAACUCUCCGCCGCCUGUUGCUCGACCGGUUCAUCCCCGUGGGGCGGCUGAAGUAUUAUUUCGCCGUGGACACCGCGUACGUGGGGAGGAAACUGGGGCUUCUCAUCUUUCCCUUCGCGCAUCAGGACUGGCAGGUGCGGUACCAGCAGGACACCCCCGUCGCCCCCCGCUUCGACGUCAACGCCCCCGAUCUCUACAUCCCAACGAUGGCCUUCAUCACCUACAUCCUCGUCGCCUGCUUGGUGCUGGGCACCCAAAACAGGUUCUCCCCCGACAGCCUGGGCUUGCAGGCGAGCUCGGCGCUGGCCUGGCUCAUCGUGGAGGUUCUGGCCAUCCUCCUCAGCCUCUACCUCCUCGCCGUCAACACCAGCCUCACCACCAUCGACCUCAUCGCCUUCGUCGGCUACAAAUAUGUGGGGAUGAAUCUGGGCCUCAUCGCCGGGCUCGUUUUCGGCCGCAGCGGUUACUACGUGGUGCUGAGCUGGUGCUGCCUCAGCAUUUUCGUGUUUAUGGUAAAAACUAGAGCGAAAAAGGGGGAAAAAAAGGGCGGGGGGGGCUGUGUGGUUUUUGGGGGGGGGGGCACGCCCCCACUUGGGGUGGGGGUGGGACAGCGGGGAGCCCCUCCCCAGUGUCACAGCGGCUGUGUUUAG